AUGUCGCUUAUCGCGCCCGUCACGCGUGAUGGCUGGUCCUAUUCGGGGGGAUUCUAUACCGAGGCCAGCGGCAACAAUCGUCACCGUCGCGCAACACUCCCGGAGUUGAAGGCUGUAUUCGACGGUUCAGAUGGCGCCAAAGAUCGCCCGGCUCAUUGGUACGAAGCUCAACUUAUUCCCUACGGCCUGCCGCCUUCCAAGACCAAGGGAACCGCCAAGAUGAGGCUGUUCGAUGCCGUCAGCAAAGGCAACCUCACCGUGCCCGCUCAUAUCCUCAAGGUCGAGUCCGAGUUGAAGAAGGAGUGGACAAAGCGAGAACGAGAAGCCAAACAAGCGCUCAAGAAGUUGUCAGCGCCAACGGCAACCAACUCGGCGAAGAGAUCCAACAAGCGCAAAGCCGAUGAUUCUCAAUCCGGGGUUGGCUCUGGAACCAAUGUCAACAUCAACCUGACAGUUUCCAUUGGACCGCAAGGCAACGUUCAGGUCACGCCUGCAGAGCCCCCAGCGUCUGCGGCGAAGAAGGCCAAGCCUACGAAGGCGGCCGCUGCUUCGACGGCUUCGAAUCCGACCUCAACCAAGAAGUCAGCUCCUUCAUCUAAGGCAAUAACAACUGCGGGACAGUCCACGCCGACAGCUCCGCGUGCAAAGCAGAUCGCUCGACGUGGUACCUCGUCGACGAGGGUUGCUAAAUCAGACUCCUCCCGUCCUCCAGCAGGUUCACCAAACGACAAGCCAGCUGCUCGCCCGAUCCAGACAGCUCGGCGGAGUCGCCCCUUCAACAGAGCCGGCCAGGCCCGUCCAGUAACUACCAGUGGCCCAUCUCCCCAGUUCAGCACGACCCCUUCUCAGUGGGACUCCUAUGAUGAGCCGCCUCCGCCCUAUCCGGGGUCUCCCAUGCAUUCGAGCGAUGGCUACGGUUAUGGCGGCCCGGACGACGAAGAUGUCCUGGACGACGGACCGCUGCCCCCACUGGGCCUGCUGAAUGGGCACUAUCGGCUGCGCUGCACCUGGCCAUCCGAGUUCGCGGACCGCGGAGAAGAUUCGGGCAUCAUCUUCACCCUUGACGGCGACGGGCUUUGGGAUUCUCAGGGCGGGGAACACGACGAGACGGACGAUGGGAGUCAAAUCAAGUUUCUGGGCAAUGGAGAGAUUCGUGGGAAGAUUGGCUUCUACGACUCAAUUCUUGAGUUUCAAGGGUAUCGUAUCAGUGGGCAGGAGACGCGCAGCGAGAUCAGUGCCGCCUCAAUGAGACGGCAAUGGGAGGAGCGCCGAUUGUGA